UGUAUAGGUGCUGGGGUUGAGGGAACAGGGAAUAGCAUCUCUAGUCUCCCGUGGGGACUUCCAAACACACUCGCCCUGCUUACCCUCGCCGGGCAAUCAGCCCCCCACCCACGCUUCGCUGUUCUGUGCAGAAAGGCCCUCGAGGGAAGUGGAGGUGGAGACCCCGAGAGAGCGGAAGUGAGAAGGGAGGUGGUACUGCCCUUCUUCUCUGUCUGCCCCCAUCACGACCAGAUCACUGCACCACUUUCCCCCAUCUGAGUGGACGGGCAUUGGUGGAAAGAAAUGUGGAGGCUCCCAUUGGUGAUGGCCACUCUGCAGGCGCUGGGACAAGCCCACGGAUCGGGGUUAGAGGAUCCGUGUCCAUUUGCUGUCUGGCAACGGCCGGGAUCAGUGCAGCAAGGAGCUGGGGAGUCGGUGGAGAUGAACUGCUCCUUGCACCCCACGCUGCCUCCUUUUUCCCGGAUCCUUUUCAGCUGGUUCCGGGGGAAGGAUGCCAUCCUGCAGAGCAACAGCUCGGUGGCCCAGGGCUCUCGGAUGCUGGUCUCCUCGGAUCCGGCCACCUCCUCCAGCCACUUGAGGGUCCGGUGUCUGACUGGAAACGAUUCGUCUCUGUAUCGGUGCCAGGUCAUGGUGCUCAUCAACAAUCAGCCUUGCCUGAUAGAGGGAACCGGCACCAUCCUCACAGUCAUAGAAGCUCCAGGGACUAACAGCACCUCCAGCCAGGAGGGGGAGGAGACAAAGAUUAAGGAAAAGAAGUCAACGUUCUUCACAAUCAGCUUGGGUGUGCUGGUGACCCUGAUUGCCACAGCUGCGGGCUUCCUGGUUUGGCUCAAGAGAAGGAGGAGGAGGAAGAGGAAGGGUCGGGAAGAUCCUACUCCUAUGGCUGUAGCCGAAGCUCGGUCCCGUGCUCCAGCUUGUCCCAGCGUUCCCCUGAGACAGGGUUCGCUCAAGGCUUCAGGAGAAGUCACCUAUGCAGAUAUCACCAUCCGAACUGGAACUGGAAAGAGAGAACACCGAGUCUCAGAUCUGGAGUAUGCAGAGAUCAGGACAGACCCCGGGAGAACCAAAGGCCCCAAAACACUGGUCCUCCACCACCCUUCUCUCCACGGACAAGAUCUGGUAAAGUCCAGAAUUCCAUUCUGAUGGUCUCAUCACACCUUACCUUGGGACCCAUCACGAUCCACGAUUCCAGACUCUCCCUUCUUUGCCCCCCACCCACGUUCUCUCCUGGGGUCUCUCCUCCCAUCCCAUCUGAACCCCUUUCCCUUAUUCGUCCAUCUCUCGGCCUGAAUUGGACUGUCCUGGCCUUGCUUACUGCCCCAGGCCCCGCUCCUAAUCCUCCUGUUCCUCUUCCUCCUUUGGGUUGGGUGGAGUUAAAAAUUAAAGCUGUUUUUUGGA